UACUUUUCCUAUUUUCAAUCUCUUUUAUCUUCUUUUUGUUGUUAAAUAAUUAGACUAAAUCAUUACUAUAUGAUCAACGAUCCUAUUAUAAUCAUUAUUUAAAACCUCGAAAUGCGGUCUACAUAAUACCUUCGUCUCCUAAAUUCACUCCAUAGUAUUAUAUUCGGAUCAGUCUACACAUAAAUUAAUUGUGUACGCUUAACGAGAUAUAAUUCGUUUCUUUUAGUUGAAUCAAUCUUAGACAAAUACAAAUCGUGGUCAAUUAUUUUAAGGGACAAGGGUUAACUUUACAAUUUUACUCAGGGACUUCAUCCAUUUCGGUUACAUCAUUGUCUUUGAAUGGUUUUCUGAUGGAUAACAAAAUAUUUUUUCCUUGUUAUCAUGGAUUCAUAACAACAAUUUUCAUAAGCAUCCAAAAUGAGACUAAGUUUAUUAAAUUGUUAACUUGAUAUUCUACUCUACAGAAAUCUUUUGUCAAGAAAAUACUUCUAUUUAUAAUAUGGAAAUUAAAUAUCAAUAAAACAAUCGCGAGUCAGACAAUGCUGAUUUUGAUCUGUAAAUCUCGGUCGAAACGUGUGGAUUACAAGAAAAAAAAAUGAAAAGCUUAUGUACUUAGAAAAUAUACUUAUAUACAUAUAUGUGAAACUAUUAAACCAUAACUAAACCAAGAAACCAAAAAGAAUCACGUCAGUCCCACCCCGUUUGGAACACAAACCCUAAUAAUUACAUAUAUAACAAUUCUUUUCUUAUAUCCCCAUACAAAAUAUUGUAUACACAUAUGCACAUGUAUGUACAUAAAUUUAUAUAAAGGCUCGCCCACUCUAAAUUUUAACCAUCUCUUCAUUCUAAUACUCAACCUUCUCCUCUCUUCCUUCAUUUUCUUUCAUUUUAUCCUUGAUUUGAUUCCUCUACUAGAUCUAGUUCCUAUAUCUCCCACAAACAAAAAGAGAAGAUAAAAGAAAAGAAUAGAUAUAACUAUACUUUAAGAAUUUUGAAGAAUAAAAAAAGGAGAGUACAACCAUGGGUUUCUUCUCCAUCCAAGCUUAUCCUGAUUCAUCCAACUGGCAACAAGCUCCUCCGAACAAUCAUAACCAGGGUGGCGCAGGAGCCUCAGACACAGGGGGUCAUGGUAUUUGUCCUCAGCCACAGUCCAAUGGUAGCGGAGGCAGCGGCUCGAUCCGACCAGGAUCAAUGGUGGACAGAGCAAGACAAGCAAACGUAGCAAUGCCAGAAGCGGCACUGAAAUGUCCAAGAUGCGAAUCCACCAACACCAAGUUCUGUUACUUCAACAACUACAGCCUCACUCAGCCACGCCACUUCUGCAAAAGCUGUCGGAGAUACUGGACGCGUGGCGGUUCCCUCCGCAACGUUCCCGUCGGUGGUGGCUACCGGAGAAACAGGCAUACUAAAAGCAGUAGCAACAACAACAACAGCACCGCCACUAGCAACAACACAAGUUUCUCCUCGGCAGCCUCGGGGAAUGCAUCCACAAUCAACGCCAUUCUCUCCCCGAACUACGGAGGAAACCAUGAGAGCAUCUUGAGCCAGAUUUUAUAUCCAGGGAGGGUAAUGAAUCCUAAUUAUAAUCACCAUCUAGGAGAUCUCUUAGAUAAUACAAAAACAGAUAACAACAUGAGUUUAUUGAACUAUGGAGGACUGAGUCAAGAUUUGAGGUCAGUCCACAUGGGAACUUCAGGUGGCUCGCUUAUGAGCUGUGUUGAUCCAUCUUCAAAUGGGUUUUACCCUUUUGAAUCGCCGAGGACAACUUCUACGUCGAUCUCAUCUGCUUUAGCGUCGCAGUUUUCUUCCGUUAAAGUUGAAGAUAAUCCUUACAAAUGGGUUAAUGUCAAUGGUAAUUGCUCUUCCUGGAUUGAUCUUUCUACUUUUGGCUCAUCUAGUUAAGUUCAGCCAAAAAAGAAAGAACUAGAGGGUACUUAUUGAUGAAAAACCCUAGUUACUAAUUAUUAGGUUAAUUUUGUCUUGUUUUACGUUUUUUCUUUAGUUUAGGUUGUCUAAGAUUUUCCUUGUUCUCCAUCUAUGGUUCUAGGUACGUAGCUUAAGUUAUUGGGUGUGUCUGAGUAUGUUCCUUUGUUCUUUUUGCCAAGUUGUUCCUUUGUUAUCUUUCGAGUUUGAUUACUACUUACUA